UCAAUGUAUCUCCAGCUAAGGCUGUUUUUUUAAUUCUGCAAAUGAAACUAGAAGUGUAGAAAAAACAUAAACAUUUAAGAUUAAAUGUGUGCAAUAUGCAUUUACUGAUCAUUACCUCAACAUUAUCCAAGGUAUUCCAGAGGUAUGUAAUGAUACGUCUACUAUAACGUAGAGGUGAACGCCGAGGAAGCGGGUGCGGAAUUGGCCCCUAAACGUCAUUCAUGUCGGUGUAGUUGCUGAGCUCCUCGAGAAUGUGUGUGUCUUUGUAGAUUCCAGCUGAAAUGACCUGUACAUGUAGGCGAAUGCAAGUUCUUGCAUCUUUCUGCAUUUCAUUCUGUAUGUUUGCAAGUAGCAGAUGUGUGUGUCUGAGUGUGUUUGCACUGUACAGACAAAGAUCGUGUGCUAGCAUGCCAGAGAUGACAGAGAAUCAGACCCGUCCCCAUAAACCACAGCGGAAGAAAAACAAAGAAACGCACAAUGCAGUUGAGAGACAUAGAAAGAAAAAGAUCAAUGCCGGUAUCAACCGAAUUGGAGAGCUCCUUCCCUGCUCCCAGGCCCUGAAACAGAGUAAGAACAUGAUUCUUGAUCAGGCGUUCCACUACAUCACAGAGCUCAAGCAGCAGAAUGACACGCUGUUACUGAAUGGCGGAGACAAGGUGCAGGCGGAAGAGAUUCGGCGGUUGCGGCGACAGCUGGAAGAGCUUCGGAAGGAGAGCUCUCAUUACAUUGAAUUGCUGAAAGCCAAUGGCAUCAACUUCCUGGAUGACCCCACUAUCCACUGGAAGGGAAAGCUGCGCCGUGCCAGAGUGUCCAAAGUCACACCCACUCAUUUGGUGGAUGGCAUUAUUGUUUACUCCAACGGCAAUGUGUUGUGCCCUGCAGGAGAUGAAUCUGUAACAGCCAACCUCGCGCUGGACACAGGGAAACAGCCUGCGGAACCUGUCAUCGUCCAGCCUGUCUGCAACGUUGCACCGGGAACAGGGCCCAAAUUUUUCCCGAACCAAGCUCACGUGCAGGAUUGCCCUGCCUCCACAUCAGCCCAACUUUUGCUUACCCCCGCAGGUUCUGCCCCAAGCCUCGUGGCUGUGGAGCAGCACCCCGGCGAGGUGCAGCCAAUCCCCAAGCUUCCCCACACUGUGUCUUAUAUCGCCGUACCAAGCGUUUGCUCCCUGGCUGCAGCCAGCGCAGCCAGCACAGCCGCAGCUCAGCAACCGCCGGUCUCCACACCCUUACCAGGCCUGACACCCACGGCUAGCCGGGCUCCGUCCCUUCCUACGCAGCCACUUAGCGUGUCCACCUUGCCUUCGCCACUAGCUCUGCCCUCCCAGGAGUCAGCUGCGCGCACAGUGGGCUCAGAGUUGUCCUCUGUAGCUUCCCUAGAAAUACAGCCUAGGUCACUGUGCACAGUUACGCAGCAGGCCAGCGUAAUGCCCCCCAGAGGAAGCAGUGACCCUCACGUACUUCGAGUUGGCAGCACAGGAAGCACACAGACCACGUGGACCACGCUCCAGCUGGGUGGAAACACUGUGCAGCCUUUUUGCCAUACCCUCCCUACUGCUGCUGCUCCCACACAUACCGCCGGCACUGCUGCACAGAGCUUGCAUGGAGCCUUUGUUUGUCCGCUGGGACCUAAGCCUUCGGUGCAGCCCGUCCUGGCAUCGGCUCAAAUCCCGACCACUCCACCCCCUUCAGUUGCCCCACCGCAAGCGCCAAGUCAGCCAGCUGCCCAAGUCCCUCUACAGCCACCACCCACCGUUGUACCGCUGCUGCAAACUAUGCAGGUGCUGCAGAUGAGAAGCACUGCCGGGGCACCUGCACCGCAAACAUCCAGUAACCCUAAAGUGGUCAUUCUCCAGCCAGCGAAUUCCUGCCCACCCCAGGCGGUUGUCAGAGAAGGACUGACCAAUCAGAGUUCGUGUCAACAUAUUGUCAUCAUUCAAGCAGCAAAUCAGACUUCACCACAGCAGAAAGCAAAGGCUAACGUGGCGCAAGCGCCGGUGCCAAUGACUCAUCAGAUCGUCACCUCCACUUGUGCUUCUUCCACCACUAAUGUGCAGACUGUAGGAGGGAAGCACUUGGUGCAUAUUUUGCCUCGGCCCCUGGGUCCAUCUGUGUCUAGUCCAUCUGGUCCAGUGCAGACCCCCCAGACCAUCACGGUGAACGGCCAGGUUUUUGCCCUCCAGGCCGUGAAGCCGCCUCCCGGGGCAUCGUCAAAGAGUGCUCUCCAGAUCAUUCAGCCAACAACGAGUGAAGACCCCAGUACCAACAUCACUUUGCAUACGUUAGGUGCCCUGGCCAACCUCAACCAGAGCAUCGCAAAUGUGCCCAAUCAAAGCAGUCUGCAGCUUGCUAUCGCGCCGCCGUCUUAUCCUCCAGCGCAGCCACCUCUUCCAGUCGCCACAGCAGCAGGAAACUGCAGUUCGCCAGUGAGGCCGGCUCCCUCUGCCAGCUCCGCCCCUAUGGCAUCGUGUCCGGUGGGGGGCACCGUGAAGGUUCUGAUGACAACGCCGAGCACAGCGUCAGGAUUAAAAUCUAAACAGAAGCGCUCUGCAACCAAGAGGGGCAUCACAGCUAGAAAAAUGGCCCCUAAACCGGCUGCUGGGCUACUUCCGCAAGAGGCUGAAGCACAGGGGCAGAAGGGGCACCUUGUACAGACGGCUUCCGCUCUGCAAGAACUUUCCUCCUCCGACACCAAGUCCUUGGGAAUUUCUCCGCUGCUCAGCGAGGGAUUUAUUCAGUCUGAGCCCGAAAGCAUCGAUGUUGGUUCCACACCAAGUGAACAACCCACGGUCUCCAGUGUUACUGAGGAGAGAACCGGCCUUUGUCCAUCGGCAUGCGUGAGUCUUAGUUCCACUGUAGGUAGUCCUGUAUCCUCCGGUGUCACUUUCACUGUAUGCCAGUCGACACCGUCUAGUGUCAGCCUCACGGUAAGCCGACCCACAGUCUCUCACGUCAGUUCCUCUGCAUGUGGAUCUGCGGUCACGAGUGUCAGUUCCACAGCAAGCACACCCAUACCCUCUGCGGUCAGUUCACUUGUAGAUACGACUACAGUCACCAGUGUCAGUUCCACAGUAAGCUCACCGGUGGUCUCUGGAGCAGGUUGCACUGUAUGUACGUCUGCAGUUGCUGGCGUCCGCUCCACUGAGAGUUUGCCCACAGUCUCCGGAGUGAAUUCUACGGCACGUUCACCUGCAGUGACUAGUGCCGGUUGCACAGUGAGUCGCCCCGCAGGUUCUGGAGCGAGUUCUGUAGUAAACAGUCCCACUGUCUGCUGUGUCACUUCCACAGUGGGUAAUCCCACCACAGCAAAUAAGGCCACAGUAACUAGUGGUAGUUUUGCAAUAGAUGACUUUGCAACAUCUUCCCAGCCUGAAAACCCAAAGGACUCUUUGUUGACCAACCAGACGCCCAUCCUGUCAGGCUCUUUGUCUAGUACUCCUUUACCCUACUCUGAGUCUUGUACCACAACUGUUACUGCUCCACUCUCUCAUUUCUCUGAAUGCACAAAGCGCAGCCCUUCUAUUCUCACCUUGAUUUCCCAGACAGAGUCGACUCUGUCCAACCUCUCCUCACCCCACAGUAAAUCAGUCCUUGAGGAGCCGAGCCUAAAUGAUCCGAGUGGAGAAGAAAGGGAUGCUGGAGGAGACAGUCUAUCUGGUGUGGCAGUGGAGAAGGCCAUUUCUAGGGUGGAUGCCCACCCUAGGAAGGAUUCCUCUUCUCCGCAGCACGUCUGCCCGCUGGAGCACGAUACUCUUAGCCAGUCGCUGAUGUCUAGCCGACAGACUGAUUCCCCCAUGUUGGCUGGCUCAGGUGGCAGUCGAAGAUUUUCUGUAGCGUCCAUGCUUCCCCCCUGCCACGGGGUAAGUGCUUCAGCGGGUUCCUUUGGCACAUUCACCUUCACUACUGAGCAGGCAGAGAUCUUGGCUAUGGCUGCCCGAGCCAUUUUUGAACAGGACAGCCCUGGACGGAGGCCGGGAAGCUGUGGAAUAGAGAGCCCUGCAUCUGGCCUUGUUUCGGGCCUCAUCACAGGUCCUGCAUCUGACUGGGAUGUUGCCAAACCUCACCAGACUUCUCACACCAAGGAGAGGGACACGGCUGAACCGAAGCAGCCUAAACUUCCAGAUAUGUCGGCAGUGAGACCUCCCUCCCAGGUCGGCAUAAGAGAGCAGUCUAUAGAGACAGCGCACACUGGGCUGCUAGCUGUCUCUUAUUCCCAGUCCUCCCAGUCUUCCCAGUCCCAUUCCCAGUCUUCCCAGUCCCCCACCGUAAGCAGUCUCAGCAUUAAUAACCUUAUCAGGCCAGCGAGUUCCUGUCAACCCUAUCCUUGCUCUCCCAGCCUCCCUCAGCAAGUGUCUGUUUCGUCACCAGCCGUAACGCCCAUGACACAACCCCCUUCUCUUCUCCCUCCUUGCUCUGGUGUUGGGCAACUGUCUGAAUUGCCUCCCCUUAAGACUGCUCUGAUGAGGACCGCAGGGACUGGGGCCGAACGCCGCAUGAAGGAUAUGGCCAAGCGCCCGCCCCAAGAAGAUAUGAUGGUGUCGGUCAGUAAGCGACCAAAGCCCUGUUCUGGUACCGCUGUGGCAAGAAUGGAAAUGAAGGUUGUGCCUUCUGAUCAUGUCCAGAUGAUGGCGAGCCACCAUCCCCCGAGUUCAGCCACCUCUUCUGUUCCUGUGACACGGGGUCUCCAACCUGAUGGUCUUAACUCAUUAUUUCCUGUAAACAGCUUUAUGAACUCAGACUUAAGGCAGACAGAAGGUCACUGUGGCCCUCCGUCACUCCAGCAAGAGCCAAUGCAGCAGGGACACUCGCAACAUGGCACCCCCCAGCCUACCCACCACCACCAGGUGGGAAACCCCUACCUGAAGCAGCAACAGCAGCAGCAGCAGCAGCAGCAACAGCAACAGCAACAGCAGCAGCAGCAACAGUCCCAAGAUCAACAGCUCCAGGGCCAGAGGCAACAUCUCUACCAGCUACAGCACCACCUAACACAGCCCGAUGCCACGCAGCUUCACAGCCUCCAUCAGAGGGCAAUGCAGCAGGAUCAGCAUAUCCAGAAGAAGCGCGGAAUGGUGCGAGGAGGCCAACAAGGACCACCGAUUGGCCUUGCACAGAAACCACAUCACGUAGAGAAAAAUGGAGUGCAGCAGCAGCAGCAGCAGCAGCAGCAUCAGCAACAUCAGCAGCAAAGCUCGCACUCUCGGCACCAGCAUCUCCAACAGCAUCUCCAGCAACAGCACUUUGGGAGCCGCCAUCAGGAGAAGAGCCUUCUGCACCAGCAGCAGCAGCAGCAACAGCAGGAGCGCCAGGCGGGUCAGAGCCACGGUGCCAUGCAGCGGAUAAUGAACUCCAGGAACCUGGAACAGCAGCUCGCUCCCCAGACAGGCAAUGCUGCGUCACGGCCAUCAGACAUCACCUGCGUGCCGUCCCGCCAGGACCGUCACCGCAUCUCCAGCUAUUCUGCCGAGGCUCUUAUUGGCAAAUCCUCGUCCAGCGGCGAGCAGCACAUGGGUCUCUCUCUUCAGGUCCCACGGAGCACCCAGGAGCAGUCGGAACUACGUUCCUAUCUGGAUGCGUCAAGGGGCAAAGGGAACGUCGCUCACAACCCGCAGGGCCGCCUUCCCCCGGAGCACCAAGGAUCAGCCGAUAUCCAGCGGGUUUCGGAUUGCGCCCCCUUCAAGGCCCUGGCUGCCGGGCAGCACCAGUUGGGAAGCUUCGACGCUCAGGUGUCGCGUGGUGGCGACAUGGCCUCCAAAUCUGGGCCGCCAUCCCACAGGGGCAUGCAGACACAGGGGUUCAGGAUGGGCGCUGGCGUCAUGGGUGACAGACAGCCACGGGGGACGUAUCCCGGGUCCCAGAGUGCGCCUCUGGGAGGGGGGCUCCAAGAAGACCAGGAGAGCUGUCACCAGAGCUUCAUGCAGAGCCUUCUGGCACCGCACUUGGAGCAGGUCGGCCACCAGAGGGCAGCGCAGUGUUGUCCCCCCGUCAGCAUGGAAUACAACUGUGUGUCGGGCAACUCGAGCGCGGACCUGCAGGGCAAGGCUGCCAGCCCCAGUGUGGCCCCCACGCAGAAGCCCCCCGCGAUGCGGCUCGGCGAAACGAACAAAGGGCACGUCAACCCUCAGAUGAGUGCAAACAUGCACUUGGCAGGGCCAGGAGCAAGGAUAGGCUUGCACCCGCCCACCUCUUUAAGCAGCGCCGAGUCAGGACACGCCCCCACCUCGACCCCUUCCCGCCCUCUCAGUUCAGUCGGCCAGCGGUCCCGCCACCCCGGCCAGGACGCCCAGGGCGGGAAGCUGCGCCCCGGUGACAGGGCGCGCUCGGGCACUCUGCGCCCCGGCAUUCCCUUCGAGCCGGACGGGCCGUUGCCCCUGCCUUCGGGGGGCGCGGGGCUGCUGGGAAGGCAGCAGGCGGCCGCCGACUCGCGGCGAGGCAGCAUCGUGCGCUUCAUGGCAGACAGCCCGCAGGUCACGGGGGACAAUUUGGUGUCUGAGCAGCACCUCACACAGAACUUUGGCUUUUCCUUCAUCCCUGAAAACAGCCCUUCCAUUAACACAAACCCCUCCUUCAUCCCCCCGGUCACUCAGCCCAGCGCCUCCCGCACACCAGCCAUUCUUCCGGUGGAGCCGCAGAAUCCUUUGCCGUCGUUCUACCCCUCGUACUCCCCCGCAGCCCACCCUAGCCUACCCAGCGACAUCCCGCUGCAGUACUUCCCCAACCAGAUGUUCACGAGCCCCAACACGGACAAGGCGAGCGGCACAUCGCUCAACAAUCGCUUUGGGUCUAUUUUGUCUCCCCCGCGCCCGGUGGGCUUUGCUCAAGCCAGUUUCCCCCUGCUCGCAGAAAUGCCCCCGAUGCCCAUAGCUAAUUCUUCGAGCAUCACCCCCCACCUGUCAAAUUUCAACCUAACCUCUCUGUUUCCAGAGAUCGCCACGGCGAUGCCUGCCGAUGGCUCCUCCAUGCCCAUGUCGCCUCUGCUGCCCCUCACUAACACGUCAGCGUCGGAUUCAGGGAAGCAGCCGAACCGACCGGCCCACAACAUCAGCCACAUUCUGGGGCACGAUGGGAGCUCUGCCAUCUGAGCGACGGCUGCGGAAGUGCCCGUGUGCCCGAGUGCCCGAGAUCGGGGCCCGAAUGGUUUUUGACAAUCCUCGCUCAGAAUCAGCUUUGGUCACUGCCAUCCAGGGUGUAGCAGAGGUCAAUUACAGGACACCUAAACGUCAUUUUCCUUCGAGUCACAGCGUGUCUUACUGAUGGGCUCCAACAGCACAUCUGUUGAUCGGGGCAACGAGGGAGUCGAGUGCAAAGAACGCGCUGCGUACGUGUUUACAGACGACUCUCCUCAGCGAGGACAGCGGCGAGUUUUUUUUUUUUUCCUAAUGACAUUGAACAGCACAAAAACGAAAUAACCAAAAUGAUCAGGGUGGAUUUUGAGAACAAUUUGGAACUGCGUGUAAAUGUUUAUUUCUAAUUUAUAAGAA